AUGCCGUCCAAGCUGUCCAUGGAGGACCGAAUUUUGGCCCUCAAGCUUCGUCGUCUUGAGCAGUUGAAUGAGAAGUUGAAAGAGUCACUCAAGAAGGACCGCAUUCCCGCGUCGCGUGCUGCUGCUCUCAUCAUCGAGACAUCUCAGGAUAUAUCUGAUCCGCUUGUGCCUUCAGUAUGGCACUUGCCUCCAGAACAGAAUCGUUACCGAGUCUACCAUGACUUGUGCAACAGACCCACACUGGCAGGCUGUUGUACCGUUGUCUGA